GUAGCAACACCGCUCCCCACCACUCUGUCUCUCUCUCACCCUUCGGAGGGGUUCAGUCAUCUCGCGCCAGCCGAGCCACGCGCACUUGCUUGUUUCACAUUCUGGCCUCGGUGAAAGACUCUCUCCGCUCCGGACGCUACCGUCCGCACACGCGUGCUCUUUCGACCGUGUCGCACCCCGUGUCAUCGGGGUUGUGAACGGCUCCGAUAAUUCUGAUUCGCGUUGACGGUCGUUCCUCCAACGCGUGCUCGCGACAAGUCUAGCCUGCCUUCGUCGUGAUCACCAAGCACCCAGGGCACACGGGAACCACAGACCGCCCCCUCUGGACGGAAGCCACGGAACAUCCCCACUUCUUGGCCAAUCGAAGCCUCCCCCACCAAGUGUCGGAGCCGGAGAGUUCCGUGGCGAAGCAGAAGACAUACCGUGUACCGAGUUUUACGGGUGGAGAACCUGCGGAUACGUAACGAUCAUCCCCCCAAAAACGGAGUAUCGCUUCACGGCGAAGGAUACUCCGUGGUUUUUCUCCGCGAAACCCGUGUUGCUUCGCCGGAUCUCGUCGGUUUUUGUAUCUUUCCGCGGCUCGUUGGUCGUCCUGUGCACGCGUGCACGCCCCACCCCCACGGGACCGCUGCCACCACCAGCUUGGAACACACACCCCCUCCCCACCCCCGCCGCGAAGUCGGCGAGCCAGUUCAGAGCGAGGACAGCGGCAUCAUCACGCGUCUCGACUGCUUCUCCCCGUGGACGGAUCGGUGGUGACCCGGGAACUUCCGGUUCGCACGGCUCUGAGGGUGGCGAAGGUCGGUACGCGUCGCGGUUGAAAAAGUGAUGCGUUGUCGGAUCGGUUUUGGUUGACAGUGCGACGCCCGGGAAACACGCCUCAGUGGUUGAUUGUUCGUGGACGGUGUGAUUAGGCGAGUGAUUUUAUUCGUGACGAGUGUGACACAUCGGAAACCUCCGCCGACGUUUUUGGUGAUCUGCCCUCGGUUUUUAUACACUGAACUGCUAUAUCGAGCGAUGUCGGAGUGACAUCCACGAACCUGGACAGCACGUACUAUCGCGACAGCGAGUGAUGAGACACGACGACAGCCAGUCGGUUGGACUUGUCCUCGGUUAGAAGAGUCGACCGUCCAAGAAUCACGAGGACGAGGAAUCAAGGCGUGUCGUGGUUUCACCGUGUUCCACGAGGACUAUGCUGGGCAACGAUCGAGCACUCACCGGAGGAAACUUGGAUAAUCGCUGAGAUCAAGGCUCCGUAUCAAGGCGAACAGACGAGAAAUGAGGAAAUCACGUUUGCCGAAGAUUGGGUUCCUCGAUUAGACUGCAGUCAGUCGCGGGCGUUAGAAUGCAUUGAAGAGCAGACUGGUCGAGGAGAAUCGAGAUGUCCGCCGUAACCAGCCCAUAUGGCCCUACGGAGAUGCUUUCCGACUCGGUGUACAACUACGCGACGACCCGACGGGGAACCGCGGACCAGGACAGCGACUCCCAAUACGAGACCCAGGCCCAGCUGCAAAUCACGAGUAUCCAGAAGCCGCGGAACAAACGGAAGAACUUCAAACCUAUAAGCAGCCGCAUGGUGGAGGUGUCGGAUGAAUCCGAGAAAGAGGACGAAGAACUGGAGGCUAUAGAGGAGAGCUCUAGCGAGAUCCUCGAGUACGAAAGGAAGACGAUGCUGUUACCUGCCGACGAUAGGCCUAAACAAAGGCUGAACAACAACGAGGUCAGUCCCAUGGACCUAUCCGUCACCACUAGACCUCCUUCGUCCGAGGCUGACGACGACAGCGGAGACUCCCUCAGGCAUAAGUUCAUCCUGGAGCAGCUGAGGUCUCAGAAAGUGUACUCGCCUGGCACCGAGGCCAGAAGUCCAAACUCGGACUCGUCGGAGAAGAGCGACAGCGGUAUCCUGGACGCGGAAUCCGGGCGUCUGGACGAUACUCCUUUCGAGGAUGAUCGGGCACAGGACGCUGACGGCGAGGCCGAUUGCGAAGAAAGGAAACCGUACGAGGGUAUUAGGGAGUACGCGGAGUCCACCAUGGAAGAGCUAUUGGCGAUCUACGGGCUGGCGGGAGGAGAAUUGGCCAAGUCGGUCAGCAGUCAGCUUCCGCCGACCUUUCUGAAUCCGGCGACUGGUCAACAUCAUCACGGGAAGGUCAAGGUCAAAGAAGAGAAGGAUGCUUCAUCGAUGGCGCCAGGAAGCCCUCCGACGCCGCCGCACACCCCUCAAAGCCCACCACGGCACAAUCCACCUCCCAGCAACCUAUCUCAAUCAUGUCAAACGUCGAACGCCAACUCGCCCUGCCUGCAGCAGCAGCAGCAGCAGCAGCAGCAAGACCAGCAGCAUCACCAAGAACAGCAGCAGCAGCAGCAGCAGCAGCAAUCUCUUCACGCGAUGGCGAACUCUCCUUUGAGUCAGAUCCUGGUGCAGAAUCCAGCGUUGGCUCAGCUGUUGCAGCAGAAUCCGGCGAUUCUGACGCAGAACCCGCAGUUGGCGCAGUUGCUGCAGCAGAAUCUUCAGGUUCAGAUGGGCAGCGUCCUGUUCCAGAACGUCAGGAGGGAGGAACCAGAGGAGCCAAGGGUACCGCCGACAAUAGCGAGCCUGGCGGCGAUGAAGGUGGAGGCAGCUGACCCGAAGGUUUCCGCAUUAUUGAGACAAAGCAUGUCUCCAGUUGCAGACACACUAAUCGGCAGCUCGAAAAGCUCUGUGUCCCAGCCGAUAAUCGAUUACUCUCGAUAUGUGAGGAGGUACUCAUCGGGACAAGAAUGUGGUAGCUCGUACUGUAAGGAACUUGGCUGCAGAGAGCAUUUUCACUGUCUGGACUGCAGUGGUAGGGUGUUUGUGAAAAAGGAAGAGAUGAUCAGGCAUUUCAAGUGGCACAAAAAGAGGGACGAAUCUUUGCAGCACGGUUUCAUGAGGUACUCGCCAACGGACGACUGCUCGGAAAGGCAUCCGGGUCGUGCCUGUCCUCACAAUAGGAAACAGACUCACUACCACUGUAUACACGAGAAUUGCGACAAGGUUUACAUAUCAACGUCAGACGUGCAGAUGCACGCAAACUAUCACCGUAAAGAUUCCGCGAUCAUACAGGAAGGUUUCCAGAGAUUUCGAGCCACCGAGAGCUGUGCUACCGAACACUGUCCUUUCGCUGGUCAACGGACCACGCACUUCCAUUGUCGACGACCAGGUUGUCGAUUCACCUUCAAGAACAAGGCUGACAUGGACAAACACAAAUCCUACCACAUCAAAGACGAACAGCUGUCCAGAGACGGAUUCAAGAAGUUCAUGAAAUCAGAGGCGUGUCCCUUCGAGCAGUGUCGUUUCUCCCGUGUUUGCAACCAUAUCCACUGCAUACGACCUCACUGCAGCUACGUCCUCCACUCUUCCGGUCAACUAUUCUCCCAUAAGCGGAAACACGAACGCCACGAGUCCGAGCUGGCUUACAGAAAAUACAAGCAGAUCAGCACAGUCGGUGGGAUUCGACCAUCCGGUUCCUGGCCGCCCGACGAUCUCAGCACUCAAAGUCUUUCCUUGAGCUUAAACGGUGAAAGUUCGAACGAAGACAGGGGUUCGCCAUCCUACUAUUCUCUCGACGACUCUUUCCAAAGCGGAAGCGACCUCGCGAUGGACCUCACCGCGCCAACGACCACCGUCACGGCCAGCGGAAGUUCCACGGUGACCGUUGAACAGCCACACCAACCGCAACAGCAAAGUCAACUUACCCCUACGGAACUUGCGUACCUGGUACCUGCCACCGCUGAUUGUCCGUGUCAUCUGGGCAGGGAGCAUCAUCAUUGCGGCUUGGAUCGUUGCGGGGCCGCGUUAAGGGACCCACGCGAAGUUAGGGAACAUUUAAGAGAGCACGAGACUCAAGAACGCAUCACAGACGCCUUUUUCGAGGAAGGAGGCUGCGACGAUAAUUGCCCGUACGCGGACAAGGAGAAGCAUUACCACUGCAACUGGGAGAACUGUCGCGAAGUCAUUCUUUCCACGGACAAGCCCUUCCGUCGCCUUCAGCACUACAAGAUCCACGAGUACAGCAGGCAACUGAACCUCUCUUGCUCCUCUCAUGCUCUGUCCUCGGACGUAACAUUGACCCACCUGACGAACAUCGACGCGAUGUUCAGGCGGAAGAGGGGCAGACCUCCUAAGAAUCGGGUAAUCGAAAUCUGGUCCGGCGGUGAUCAUGCCACGCACACUCACGACUCCCCACAGGCUAUUUUCACCAGUUUCAAACUACCAAAACCUCAAACGCCUAGCUUGACGCCGAAUCCUUUGACCGAGGAACGCGAAGGAAGCAUCUCGCCUUCGAACAGCCUCGGCGAACCCGAGGGGUUCUCGACCUAUAAUCCCGACGGAUGUCCCGAUCUGGCUUGCGUUCUCAGGUCCACCAGACAUCAUCAUUGUUUGCAACCAAGGUGUCACUUCUCCACGGACAAACCCGACCAGUUGCUGAUGCACAGCAAAGACUUUCACGAUAACGUCGACAUACCGCCAGGCUUUGCCUUCUUCGACAAGAUAGUGGAUUGCCGGUUGCCCGGUUGUCACAGUAAUCGCGUCAAUCGGCAUUUCCACUGUACCAGACCGAACUGCGGCUACUCGUUCGUCAGAUACUCGACCAUGGCUUUGCACGAGAGACAGCACAGCGGUCACAACGAAACCGGCAGCCACGAGUCGUCGUCCCACGAGUGCCAGACACCGGCGCAAGCAACGGUUCAAGAAUCCAAACCGAGGAUCCAGGUGAAAAAUCCUGCCGAGCUCAUAGAGAAGCCGGACGAAAGUUUGACCGGAGGGGAUGGGGAGAACAGAUCGAUGAUAGACGACAAGGAAUCCGAGAUUCCGAGUCCGGACGCCAACAAAACGACCGUGGUGAGGGCGGCAGGCACCUAUUAUCCGGUCAGUGGACCGCCGAGUGAACCUGCACUUCCGGGCGUCGUGCUAUCCAUGCGAACUUCCGUGCAUCAAGAAUCGCCGGUUCUCCCAUCCACCAGUUCAGCCUCGCCGCAUACUCUUUACGGGCCCGAGCAGAGCUGCGGCAGGCCCUUCUGCAAACUGAAGCGCAAAAACCACUAUCACUGCAACCCGUGCAAUCAAGCGUUCUCCGAACUGGAUCGAUUGGUGGCUCACAUCCCGAAACACUCGACGGGUGUCAUCCUCAGUCAGCAGCAACACGACUUGGCCAAUCAGGUCCCCAGUCAACUGCAGCACGAUUACUUGGCACAGCUGUCGCAGAAGCACGACUUCAUGGCGCAGAACGCUCAGAUGGCUCAGAACAUUCAGAACUUCCAAAAUCAAAUGCAACGUCAGAUGCAACAAACUCUGGGCCAGAUGAGCCAGCAAACCCAGGUAAAAGAAGUGAAAAUGGAACGUACAUGGUGUGGGUCCGAUGUUGGCAUACAGAACGCCCCGAACGUGAAGAGGGAGCCCAGUGAAGUUUUGAAGGACGAAGGGAACAACUCUGUGAUGGACAGCAACGAGAACGGACAGUUGUCGCAGCCGAGCUUACCGCCGAACGUGCAACAGUCUCCGGUUCCAACCAAAUUCGAGCUCGACCUCAGUCACGGCUUUCAUUUUCCUAGCCCAGCCGUGAUGGCUGCCAUGAAUCAGCAGAUCGCUUUAAUGAAUCAAGCUCUACCGCCUUUCCUUCAGCACGGUGGCAUGUAUACUGGUGGACCAGGUUUGAUGUUCGCGCCUGGUCUACCCCCAGCGAAUUUUCUACCUCCUACCAGGGAUGAGAAUCCCUUGGCUUCCUUAGCGGCAAACUUGAAUUUGAACAAGAGGUCUCUGUCUCCCCCCGACAGCAAUUCUCCCGAGGCGAAGAAGCAAAGGCUUCAUCAUUCGAUGCGAAUGCUCAAGGACGAACCUGUACCCGAAGGAUACGUCAGGUUCAGAUUCAACGAAGACUGCAGAUACACCCAUUGCGGAUACAGAGAGCAUCAGACGCAUUUCCACUGUAUGCGUCAGGACUGCGGGUACUCGUUCUGCGACAAAACGCGUUUCGUGCAGCACACCGCGAGACACGAGCGACUGGACACCCUGAUGGGUGGCGACUUCCAGCAGUACAGGGCCAAUGUUCCGUGCGGCAGGGUUCAAUGCGCCUAUACUUCGUCACUGGGCUCGAUGCAGAACAAAGCCUCGCACUUCCACUGUCUGAAAUGCGACUUCGUUUGCACGGACACCAACAAGGUAGUGGCUCACCGUCGACAGCACGCCAAGUUGGACAGCAUCGCAGCGGCGGGCUUCCAAAAGUUCACGCCCAGUCAACCCUGCGGAGGUGUUCAGUGUCAGCACUCUGGCAAACAGACUCACUAUCACUGUCUACAGUGUCAGUACGCUGUGCUGGGCCUGGCGCAGAUGUCGGCUCACAAGUAUCGACACAUGGACACAUAACGACGCCAAGUGAAACGCAAAACGACCACUUGUUAGAGGAGGCUCAAGAAAGACACUUGUCCGGUCCCCGUAGACAUUCCCUGACGAAUCCGCGCCGCGCGUCCUCUCGCUUCGUAAAUCGUAGCUGGCGGGAGAGUACGAGGAAGCAACGGGGGGGCUGGAUCCAGCCGGUGAAUUCGGAUCCUGCUGGCGAAACCUAAUCAAGGACUGAGGAAAAAAGACAAUUUUCAUACACGCUCCCUGUAGACAUUCCCUGCAGUAUCGCUCGCGAUUGUCCAUGCCCGAUUCAUGACGCUACGUUACACGGACGAGCUGAAUGAUUAGGAGCACCCCGACCGCGGCCUAGUCAUUAAUCUUCAGCCGUUCUCGUCGAGAAGGAAUCGAUAGCUUGUGUGGUGUCACGUUCAGGUCGAAGCGAACGAUGUCGGUCGAUGCGUCGAACGGAACCGUUCGAUCAGCUCGAUGACUUCGUACUUACGAGAGAUAUUUAUUAACCGAUCAACGGACGAUCUCGACAGAUCGAGGAACCGAAGGAAACCUCGCGAUCCUUCGCGAAUGUUUAAAACCGUUCGGAUCCGAACGGAGUAGCGAUCCAACGAAGAUGAAAGGAAGGAACCUGACAUAGAACUGUAGACAAUAACACGGACGACGAGUCUAUCGUAUAGCUUUAGCGCGAAGAAAAAAGACACACUGUAAUAUUUAAUAGAAAAAGACCUUGUAUAUUUCGUUUUUCGUUUCUCUUCAUUUUUUCUUUUCUUUUUUCUCUCUCUUUUUUUUUUUUUUAGUAUCGUUCGUGUACCCUCCGCGUGGUGCAAAGUAGUCGUCGCCGCGACUUAGGUCCUAGAAUAGAUAGUUAAUAUAUAUGUAUAUGAAAGACAGAGAACUAACACGAGAGAGAAGAAAAUCGAACUAUUGAAAAAGGAUUCAUCGGAUCGAUGAGACUUUGGUUGAAACGACUCGCUGACAACUAGCUUUCCUACACGGUUUGCAAUGAACGAAUGACGAACAGGUUCCCCAAACCUUCGUCAGCUGGCAACGAAGGGAAUCGUCUAGUCCAUCGCACCAUCGGUGAUUUCUAAGAGAAAUUAAAAGAAUGAUCGCUUGGCCAUCGAGUGACUAAUUGUCGUUGAACCAUCGUCGAGGAAUACUCCAUUUAACCGACAACGACAGUCCAAGCCGAAAUCUUAAAGCUUUAGUUGACGAGGAGAACCAUGCGCAUAGGCGCAGCGUGUACUCGACGACGGUGCAGUGAUUUUUCAACAUCCACGCGGAAGCAUUAUUUUCUUUUCUUUUGUUUAAACACAACGUUGUUGUCUCUUUCGCGUCACAGCUAGUGUUUCGUUAGUUCCCUUUCUCUCUCAGGCUCGCGAAAGAGAGUCGACCGAAUCGAGUCGUAACGAAUCGUACUAAAGAUUAUACGCUUUCUCGGGAUACGCUGCCGCGGCCAGGAGGGUACGCGUUUCGUUAAUCGUAUUACGAACAGUAUUGAUAAUCCGAGAGUUAACAAAAAGACUGCCAGCCAAGACGAGACAGAGCAAGCAAAGGAACAAGGUAGAAGACGAACUGAAAUUCGUCCGCGUGUACGAGGAAUCGAUGUUCGCUGAAAAACAAGAACGGACGUUUUGUUGACUAGAGAGUGUGUAUAUUAAAAAUGUACAGACGCAAGGAGAUGAAAUGGAAAAUGUGUACGUACAAGAGGUAUACUCUGAAAAAGUAAAAGGAUCGUCUGAUAUGCGCGCGUCUUACACGUAUGCGUUGCGAACGAUAACGUUUCUCCCGUUUCUACUCCCAACGGAAUGCUCAACGACGAUACGAUCCGUGUAUUUUGUCAGUUUUCGCGCGCAGGGAUUAGUCGCGUGACUAUGAGUGUUCUUUGUUGAAAAAUAAAUAGUUUUUACUUCUUUGCGCUCGAUGACAUUUUCGCUAGGACGAAUGAGUAACUCCAGACGAUUUUUUGAAAUAUUUGAACAACUUUUUAUAGCUAACAUGAAAUGAUGUUAUAAACAAAUUAGCGUAUACAAAUACAAUAUUUUAAUAUUUUACGUAUCUUUAUAUCUUAACGAACAAGAGUUCUUAAUAUGUAUUAAGCUCUGUAGUUUUCUUUGGAUGGUAAUUUAUGAAACACAAAUCAGAAUCAGAAUUCAUCUUAACUCAAACUGACUUCACUGUAGAAACCCACUUUUAGAUGUGUAUAUUCAAAACAAUAAAGAUUUUUAAAAUAACUUUGUGCUACAAUCGUUACAUGUAAGCUAACGGUGGAGACAUUGUCAAAAAAAAAAAAAAAUAUAUAUAUAUAUAUAUAUAUAUAGAACCUAGAUUGUAGAACCUUUGUAGGUUUGUACACAAAUCGUGAGCUAUUUUUUGGAGUUAAUUGUGACACAGAAAUAAUUGUCAGAGAGUAUUAAUUAACGAGAAUUUUGAAAUUCUUUCACGGAGAUCCGUUCCUGCGCGUGAAAACCUCGAUCAUUUGGGCACUGUCGUCGAAAUGUUUUCACGAAGAGGCAUGCACUCGCAACUAUCAUCCCCCAAAACUCACCCCUUUUCAAAGUCACACCCGACGUUCAUCCAACAAGGUUACAA